UUUCGACUUUAUAUGUUCAGCCUAUGUAUGUAGAACCUAUAUCUAUCUAUUGUGAACGGCUGUUAGUAUGCCGAAUCUACACUUGACGUCGAACUUGGCUCGCGGAUUGACUAUGAAUACACCUUUACACCUAAUAAUAUGUAGCAGAUUUAGUAUGUAUCGAUGUUUUCCGAUAUAUAUCGCUAAGGAUAUAUCGAUAGUUUUAUAUCAAUAUAUUUACGAUAUAUAUCGAUAUAUAUUAAAUAUCGUUGCCAUCCCUAAUCCACAGUAAACAAAUUCUCUAAAGUUGUGUAUUGCCUAUAAUACCAGUCCAGUGGCGAAUAAUAAUUGUUUAAAUUCGCUACUGCUGUUUUAAGAAAAAUGGAAAACCAUGGAGAAAUGGAAAAAGGAACAGAAACAGUAAUUCUUGAAAUUGAAGGCACUAAAGUGGAAUGUGACAAGAAUCUUUUAAUUAAGCACAGUGAUUAUUUUUCUGCUAUGUUUACUGGAAAUUUCAAAGAAAGGUUUUUAAAAACAGUUAAAAUUCAUGAUGUAGAUCUCAAAUCAUUCAUUACAAUACAAACACUUAUUAAAGAUGCACCAAAAACAUUGAUUAUAGAGGAGGCCGAAAUACUUUGCAUAAUGCAUGCUGCUUGCAUUUUGCAAUUCAGCGCCAUUAGGAAUCUUUGUAUCAGAAGGAUCGAAUUUUUAUUAAAACCUUCCAAUUGUGUAAAUAUUUGGAAAUCCUUAGAGCUACUAGGCGUUAGUCCUUUAUGGUUAAAGGCAAAAUGUAUGGCUCUAAUGAAUUUUGACAGCAUAAAGGAUAGUAACGAGCUUUUAGAGUUUAGUAUUGAUGAGAUAUGUUCCUAUUUAGGCAACGUGUAUUUGUAUGUUCAAAACGAAUUUAGUGUCUUUCGCAUUGCUAUGAACUGGUGGCACGAAAAUCAAAAUGCAUAUAUAGAAGAAAAGACUAAAACAUUACUUAGAUUAAUAAAUUGUAUAAAUUUUAAAGUACUAACGAGCGAUGAAAUUGGGGAAAUGCAAUCGUAUUCAGAUAUAUUAAAUAACACAGAUCUUGUUGCAAUUUUAAAGCUCGUUGGUGAACUGCUGGAAAACCACUCAGUAGUUGAAGCUAAAUAUAGUUCAGAUCAGUUACAAUAUGCCAAACACUUGUAUAAUUCCCACGGACGAAAAUUGCUUGAAGUUCCGUGUAUUUUAUUUCAAAUUGUGUUGCCAGUUUUGAAAAGUUUGGAGGAGGUUACCAAUCACGUUCAUUGUAAAAAUGUUGGAGUUUAUUGUAAUAAGAAGAAUUGCAAAUUUAUGGAAAAUAUAGGAGCAUGUUUUCCAUUAGGGUAUUUUGCUGCUCUUGCUUAUGAUUCUAUAUCAAAUAAUUUUAAACCUUGUAUUGACAUGAAAAGAGACUUAAUAAAAGAUCUGGGGGGAUUCAAGAUUGUGUCAUACAAGGAAUUUCUAGUUUUCUUUGGAGGUGAAUAUGUAAUUGGCGCUGGCAAAUGGAAUUUUGGCGUAUGGGUUUACGAUGCUUUUAAAGAAAUGUGGCAUCAAAUAUCUGUUACCUUGCUGUAGGCGCCAUUUCGAGACAGCAAUUGUAGAUGGUUGCGUGUUUAUUGUCGGAGGGACAGGAAAAUUUAGAGUUAUUCAGAACAAUAUGUUUUGGUAUAACUUUGUAUCCAAUAAAUGGAGCCAAAUUGAACCACUGCCUUCUUCCAGUCGAAAUUUAAAAUGUUGUUGUUUUAAUGGAGAGCUUUUCGUGGUUUAUUUGACCGAGAAAAUAGGAUAUUUUUUUGACAAAGAAAUCUGUACCUGGAAAGAAGUCAGGAU